AUGAAUCAAGUUUUUUGGAUUGUUUUGUGGUUGGCAUCAGCUAGUUACUUGAUAUAUAUCGUAACCACCGAGUUAUCAUCAUACUACCGGUAUCCAUCAAUCACAACAGUGUCUGUGAGGUAUGCCGAUAAACUACAAUUUCCCGCCAUUACGGUCUGUAACCUUGCCACAAAGAACAGAAGCAUAUUUGGAGAUGAUAACCGCACAGAGCAUUAUUACCUUCGAAUAACUCCUCAACCUGCAGCAGCAACACCUAUAAAUUGGAGUGAUCCAUUCUAUUCCACAGAAGGCUUUUUUAAUAAACGGACAAUUGAAGAUCUUUACUAUGAAUCUAAACAACUAUCUCAGUUUAUAGAGUUCCAUGAAUUUGAUUUGAAAAGUAAUUAUUUAAAUUACUCACCAGUUGCAACAGACCUUGGACUUUGCGUGAGAUUUAAUGGUGAUAUCCCUGUUACUACUGCCAUGUAUGGAGGACUUUAUAAUCUACAUGUGUAUAUAGAUCUUCUUCUUGAUGACGAUUACUAUCCUGAAAGCUAUGUUUCAUCUGGAUUAAAGGUUGUUGUGCACGACCAAAACGACGCUGUACUUAUGGUAAAUGACGGUUUACUUGUCCCACCAGCAUCUGAAGCCACAGUAGAAAUUACUAGAAAGCAGUAUAAAUACUUAGCACCACCAUACAAAGCUUUUGAGAAUGACAUCUGUGAAGAGAGUGCAUCCCAUUAUAGUGCAUCUAAAUGCAGACAUGACUGUAUACGAGAUUCAAUCAUGCAGAAAUGUGGCUGUGUUGAUUUUAUGUUCGAAAGUCGUAAGUAA